UCAGUUGGGUCUGCAACGCUGACUCUGGGAUUUUCUUAUGAAAAUGCCUGAUAGGUGGGAGGAAGAUCUGGAGGUUAGCUGGGGAAAAAAUGAGUAAUGCAAAGCCAUCUACUUAGUAAAUGCUGCAAAAGAAAUAAAAGUAAAAGCUGGCUCCUGUCUCUGGGGACUCUAGAAUGAUUCUGACUUAUCAUGUCACAGAGCAGAGUUAGGGAAAGCCAAAACUCGAAAUCUGCUGGCAAGGAAGAGAACGAAGGAAAAAAAAAAAAAAUUACAGGGAGGGGCAAUCCGGAGGGGGAGGAAAUAAAAAGAGAGAGAGGGAAAGACAAGCGUCAUUUAGGAACAGAGGUAGAGCGAAAGAAGGAACUCCAGGAUCUGAAACCAAGCACACGGCACAGUAUUUUUCUAUCUUUUCUUUUCCCCAGAGCAGAUUCUUGUCCUGUCAUUUUAUUGACGGACGUGCUAUUACAGGCUCUUUUCCCAGAAGUUGACGGAAGAAGCUCAAGGGCUGCUGUUUCUUCCCUCCCAAGUCCGGUGGCUCCCCUGGUAAUGGAUUGCUUUUCUCUGAGUUUCCACUCUGGAGAGAGCCCCCAGGCCUAGUCUGUGAACCCAGCUAAGAAACAUCGCUAGUAAAAAAUGACUGAAGACCCCAUAAAGGAGAUCCUGGGAAGCCCAGCAUCUUCCAAGCCUGUGACAAUGGAGAAGAACCCCAAUAGCGAAGUGGUGGUCACCACGGUCCCCUUGGUCAGUGAGAUUCAGUUGACAGCUGCUACAGGUGGUGCUGAGCUCUCCUGUUACCGCUGCAUCAUUCCAUUCGCUGUGGUGAUCCUCAUUGCCGGGAUAGUGGUCACUGCUGUGGCUUACAGCUUCAAUUCCCACGGCUCCAUCAUCUCCAUCUUGGGUCUGGUCCUCCUGUCAUCUGGACUUUUUUUGUUAGCUUCCAGUGCCUUGUGCUGGAAGGUGAGGCAGAGGAGCAAGAAAGCCAAGAGACGGGAGAGUCAGACGGCUCUAGUGGUGAAUCAGAGAAGCUUGAUUGCUUAGGACGGAAUGAGACCAAAUGGGAUAUGUGGCCUGGAAAACUUCCUCUCCCUGUGUCAUCCAACUCACCCAGAACUAGAGUGGGAGAGAAUGAACGGCGCGUUGUGGUAUACCAGAGGAAGAGAGAUGAACUGAGUGCGGGAGGGUAGAGGGGGUUCUGUUUUAUAAGAACCUACUUGUGUCUUCUUCAA